UCGACUGCGCAUGCGGGGAUCUGAGACUUCUUUUCCGCGAGGCAACUGUAGGUUCCCAGAGAGCCAAUCAGACGAGAGGACUUGCUAUAAGCCCCUCCCCCUCCUUCAUCAUUUCCCAAGCGACGGGCCCUCCUCUUUGGCGCGAGCUGCCAAAGGUAGUGCAGGGAGGGGUCACUGCGCGUGCCGCAGCUCGGCCGUCUCCGCCCCCUUCCGAGCCGCCAAUCGCAGGCAAGACACCGGGCGCGCGCACGCUCCCUCCAGUUUAACGGUUGCGAGAGGUAGCUCCCCAGACCCUGACAUCGGUAGGGGGAGCGGCGGCCAGACCAGGUGGUUACAGCUAUUCAGUUUGGUGGAAAAACAAUGCCAAGAACAGAUUGUUGCCCAGCAGGAACAGUUCCACAACCAAAUUCAACGUGUACAGGAGAUAAAAAAUCUAGUCAAGUUACAAACAAGUAGUGCUUCCUGGGCUUCCUACGAUAGAACUCCUUCAAGCAAAAAAGUAUACUCAGAAAGUCAAAUGGGUUUUUUUUCUGAAAACAGUGAAAGAAAUGAAUCUAUUAUUAGUUACCCUAACUCUAAAGAACCUGAAAUGCAGCAAGAAACAUCCUCAUCACAACCAGACUGCCAUGUGGAUAGUAGCUCAGUGAGCAGUGGGUACGGGACUUUGUGUGUCUCAGAAUUAAAUACCUACAAAUCCCAGGACCCUCGAGAGUCCAUGGAGCAUGCAGAGGUUUCUACAGGCCAGUAUGGAGCACCUGUGGUGCAGAUGGAAUCACUUGCAGAUGGUAUAGAAAAUAAGAAUUUUUAUAUACAUACUACGGAGGAGUUGUGUGCAUCUUUAAAGGAAGAUAUUUCCACUUUUCCUGGUGAAUUUGAACACAGUUUUCUUGGUGAAAAGAUUUCAGAAGUAUACAGUGGAAAAACAAAUAAUAAAUCUAUAACAUGGGCACAAAAGCUGAAGCAGAACCAACCAAAGAGAGCACAUGCAGAAGAGGGGUGUUCAAAAUCUAUGCAGGGAAAUGAGCAAACCAAGAAAUCACCAAUUGAGAAAUCUGAUUUCACUGCUGCCACACAUCCUCGUGCUUUUUACAUCAGUAAACCAGAUGAGGGUCCAAAUUCUUGGAUGUCUGAUUCGGGAACAGGACUGACUGACUGGAAACUGGAGGAGAAGGACAUGUAUCACUUUUUGCCUGAGACUUCAGAGAAGACAUUUCCACCAUCGUCUUCAACAGAUAUGUCACCACAUCAGUCUAAUACUAGUAAUGAGAUGAAACUACCAUCACUGAAGGAUAUUUAUCAUAAAAAACAAAGGGAAAACAAGCAGUUACCUGAGAGGAAUCUCACUUCUGCUUCCAAACCAAAUCAUCCACUGGAGGUCCUGACUCUAGAUCCAAUGUUACAAGUGAAGUCAAGUCAGAAGAUUUCAGGGAUUCGACCACAUGGCUUUUUGAAUGCCCUUGAUGACAGAAUAUCCUUUUCUCCAGACUGUGUUCUAGAACCUAGUAUGUCUAGUCAUUCUGACAUAGACUCAUUUUCACAAGCAAGUAAUAUCGCUUCUCAGUUAUCUGGAUUCCCAAAAUAUCCUUCAAAUACAAAAGCUUCACCAAUGGAUUCUUGGAAAAAUCAUUCUUUCCAAAACGAAAGUAGGACCAGUUCCGUGUUUCCUUCAGUGUUUGCUAUUACUAGUAAUGACAUCUCGGUCAAUACUGUAAAUGAAGAAAACACUGUCAUGGUACCUUCAGCCUUGGUCAGUCAAUCCCAGCUUCCAGGUACAGCCAACAGUGUCCCAGAAUGCAUUUCAUUGACUUCCCUGGAAGAUCCUGUGAUAUUGUCUAAGAUUAGGCAGAACCUGAAGGAAAAGCAUGCUCGGCACAUAGCAGAUCUUCGAGCUUAUUAUGAAUCAGAAAUAAAUAGUUUGAAACAGAAACUGGAGGCAAAAGAAAUUUCUGAAGUUGAAGAUUGGAAGAAAACCAAUCAAAUUCUUGUAGAUAGAUGUGGCCAAUUAGAUAAUGCUUUGAAUGAAGCUACUAGUCAUGUGAGAACACUUGAAAAUAAGAAGAACUUACUGGAAAUAGAAGUGCUUUUAGGAGAGUAUGAGUCCCUUGGAAAAGAACACGAAAGAGUGAAGGUUACAUUAAAUACAACUGAGAACAAAUUGCUUGAUGCACAUACUCAGAUUUCUGAUUUGAAAAGAACAAUUUCAAAACUUGAAGCUCAGGUCAAGCAAGUAGAGCGUGAAAAUAUGUUAAGUCUUCAUCAUAAUUCUAAAACUUCUAUGAGACCCUCCCGUGCCAACACACGAGCAGCCUCAGAUGUCAGCAGGCGGAAGUGGUUGAUUCCAGGAGCAGAGUAUUCUAUCUUUACUGGCCAGCCUUUGGACAUCCAGGAUAAUAAAGUGGAUAACCACCUGGAGGAAACCUGUGUUUCUGGGUACCUAUCUCCUCUGGAAAAGGAUGCUUCAUCUGGAAAUUCACCAACAAGCUUACUGAUAAAAAAACAAAGAGAGACUUCAGACACACCAGUCCUGAAAGCUUUAAGAGAACUUGAUGAAAAAAAAAAACUAAAAAAUUGGGGCACGCAGACAGAGAAGGAGGACACCUCAAAUAAAUUAGUGAAUCCUCGGCAAACUGAAAUGUCAGGCAAUGCAAGUCUGUGUCCAGAAAAAUGUGGCCCACAAAGGCAAAAGAAGUUUAAUCCUGCUUCACAGAGAUCAUCAUCUUUACCACCUUCAAAUCGUAAAUCAAGCACUCCAACAAAAAGAGAGAUUAUGUUAACACCAGUGACUGUGGCUUAUAGUCCAAAGCGAUCCCCUAAAGAAAAUUUGUCCCCAGGAUUUAGUCAUCUACUUAGCAAAAAUGAAAGCAGUCCAAUUAGAUCUGAUAUACUUUUGGAUGAUUUAGAUACUGUUCCUGUGUCUACAUUAGAACGUACCAAUCCAAGAAAACAACUCCAGUUUCUUCCUCUAGAUGACUUGGAAGAAAAAAAAUACUCAGAAAAAGCCGCCGACAUCCAUGUUAAUCGUAGUUCUUCUCCUGAACUGUUGCCAAAUGGAGUGAAGAAAGUCUCUUUGAGACCAGCCUGGGAGAAGAAUAAAUCAGUUAGCUAUGAACAGUGUAAGCCGACUUCAGUAGCAGCUCAUGGUAAUGACUUUGAGUAUACAGCAAAAAUUAGGACCCUAGCUGAAACGGAACGGUUUUUUGAUGAACUUACAAAAGAAAAAGACCAGAUUGAGGCAGCACUAAGUCGAAUGCCUUCUACUGGAGGACGAAUCACUUUGCAGACGAGAUUAAAUCAGGAAGCCUUGGAAGAUCGUUUGGAAAGGAUUAAUCAAGAACUGGGCUCAGUUCGCAUGACAUUAAAGAAAUUUCAUGUUUUGCGCACCUCUGCAAAUCUUUGAGAUUUGUAGCCAUUAAAUUUGGAGACGUUUUUGUUUGCACUAAUGUAUAAUUAUGCACUCAGAAAAGGCAAACUAUUUUGUACUGUUUAUAAGCCUACAAACAGUAGUUUUAAAUCAUGCUAUUCUUUACACUUGCUGUUUUAUACUUCAAAUGGCCACAUAUUUUCAAGAUAUUUUUGUUGUGCUCAGGAAUCUCUUGUAUAUUUUACUAUUUAAAAAGUAUUAUUUUU